AUGGCGGCGUCCAUGUCGGCGGCGGCGGCGGCGUCUCCGCUGCGGCUGCUGUGGCGCUGCCGGGGGCGGCUGUACCCGAGGCGGGCUCCGGCGGCGGCGGCGGCGGCGGCGGCGAGGGCGGGCUCCGGGCGGGCCUGGCUUCCCCCGCCGGCGGCUCCCCGGCCUCCUCCCCAGCGGCUGCUCUCCUUCCUGCGAGGCCCCUCGGACGGCGGCCUGGAAGACGGCGAGGGAGGCGAGGGAGGAGGAGGAGGAGGAGGCGGGCUCCCCGGGGACGGGGGCGCGGAGUCGGGCGGCGGGCCGGUGACGGCGCUGGCGCCCCUCAUGGUCCCCGAGAGGGUCCCGCACGUGCCGCUCAUCGCCGUGGCCCGGAACCCCGUCUUCCCCCGCUUCAUCAAGAUCAUCGAGGUAGGAACGCGCCCCGGAGCCCCCCAGACCAAGGGGCAGCCAGCUUCGGCGGCGGGGGGCCGGGGUCUCGGACCGGGGAAUUCCUGUACCCCACGGAAGGAAUGGGUUUCCCAAACCUGACCGGGCAGUCGGUCUGAAACGGGCCCCCAAAUCCGCAUUUUUCCUUCUCCAAGGGAGCAUUUCUAAAAUGCUUUAAAAUGAAAUUCCUCCUUUCUUUGGACUUGCUGUGGACUGACCACGCAAGGGCCUUCUGCCACCCGGAGAGCAGAAUAAACUCUUUCUCUGACUCAACCUCGGUGUCAUUGGACUUCCUUUCUCCUCCGGAGCAUGCAGACCCACCAAUUUAGACUGGUAAAGUCCAAGAGGCUACAUCUCAAUACCCCAGAAAGGACACAUUCUACUCAUGGAAAAAGGCAGCUCUGUUCAGGGAAGCUUUUAAAGUUUAAUAGGUUUUUGUAUUUUAAUACAGUGGUACCUUGAGUUACAGGGUAUAAAUAAGAGUUAUUGUUAGUACUGCUACUCAUGUUAAACAGAUAGGCCUACAGCUAACCCAGAGAUGCAUUUUCAAUAAAAGGGCACACAUACUCAUGGAAAAAGUUCAGGGAAGCUUUUCAGGGAAGGCCUUUUAAUAGGUUUUUUUUGGGGGGGUGGUUGUUUUUAAUUAUGUGUUUUGUGGUUUUAUAAUAUAUUGAUUUCAUCAUGUGUACCGGCCUGAGGGGACCCCCCCCCCCUUUCAUAGAUCAGUAUAUAAAUUCAAUAAAUAAUAAAAUAAUAUUGAGAAGCAAAGCUGCUAGGAAACUUGACCUUUAUUAAAGGAAAUAAACAGUUACAGUGAGGGGGGAAAGUAUUUGAUUCCCUACUAAAGGUUGGGAACCACUAGCCCUAUGACGAAGGAUUCUAGACCAGUCCAUCAUUGUAAUGGGUAGACUAAUCUAUAGGCCUGGUAGGCUGGAUGCAGCGCAGUCCAGCCUUCUGUGAGUCUUGGACAGCUCUUGUCCCUGACCUCCUUGGACAUGGUGGCUAUUUUGGAAUCUGCUGGAUUGCUUGCUUCUGUCGACAGGUGUCUUUCGGUACCUUAACGAGCUGGGAUUACAGGCAAGACCUCUCCCUUACAGCAGGUGCUUCUAAUCUCAGCUCGUUCACUCAUUAGAAUUCCUGAUGUUAUUCUGUCUCUCACAGAAACCCAGAAGACAAAAGUCAGAGAUGGAUGUGCAUUCUAAUGAGUGAAAUAAGUAUUUGAGCUGGUAUUUUCACUGUGUAACGAGCUGAGAUUAGAAGCACCUGCUGCAAGGGAGAGAGGUCUUGCCUGUAAUCUCAGAUUUUUGUAAUAAUGGUGAUUAUGCCUUACUCAGUUGAAUUUUCUGGGUAGCCUGGCCAUUCCUUGGAGAUGGUAAAUACUUAGUUCCUGAAUCUCUUGCGCAUCUUGGUAGUUUGCUCAGCUGAACAGAUACUUGCCAGACUGUAUUUUGAAAAGGAGGUGUGAGCCCCUGCAGUCCAAAUGGAAAGACAAUUACUACUCUUCCCAUUUCCUUCCUCCUCACAGAGAAAGAUUUGAGGUCAACUUGGGAGAGUUGCUCUCCUGUACACGUGGUUUCUAGACUUAUGUGUUUGCCUGGUACAUUUAUGAACAUUUUAUUCUACAUUUGAGACCUUACCAUUCUUAUAAUGGGGCGGGGGAGGAUGCAAACAAACAUUUUAUUAUUAAAGUUAUUAUUGUAAUUGUUAUUGUUGUUGUUAUCUUCCUGCUCUGGUGUGGGAGAGGGGAGGAGAGGCCACACACGCACACAAUCCCUGGAAUUUUAGGAUGUGACUCAUAAACCGGCCGUCUGCUGAGAUUUCACUGCGUUUCAUCAUCUCCUCCUUUGCCGCUCGUUUCAAGAAAAUAGAAGCGCAGCUCCUCUGCUUCGAACUCUCAGCUGUUCUUUCACUGUGGUUCCAGCUGAAUGGCUUUUUGCCUCCUUCCCAAUUCUGCUAUUGUGUGGGGCCGCAAUUUGCUGGCAGGGACGUCACUUUUGGCCUUGGUGUUGUCCAGACCUCGCAUUAGACAUGCUGCCCUUUGCAUUGCUUUUCCCUUGAGAGGCCCAGCGCUUGCCAAGGCCACCUUUUCAAGGAUUUGUUUGGUAGAUAGACUGGGGGGGGGAGAUGGGGGCUGCUCUUGUUUGGGCAGAAGCCGCAGUUCAGCAUCUCUGGUUUCCUUGGACUGUGAUAGAUGUGACAUCUCACAUUUUAGAAAUGCUGGUAUGGAAGGGCAGAACUGAGAGAGAGAUGGCUGAAUGUUCAUCAGGGGCCUUGUACAACCUUCCUGCGGCCAUCGUUCAUCUGAUUUCUACUCAAAAUACAAGGAGCAAACCUUAAUUCUAGUCAGGGUGUUUAUAAAAAUGAUUUUUUUAAAUAAAUAAAUAAAUCAGAUUUAUUUAUUUUUUAAAUCGGACUUUUAAAAUUAAAAUCGGAUUUUUAAAAAUUUAAAUAGGAUUUUUAAAAUAAAAUGCUUUGGGAGGAAAAGUCUUUCUAAAGAUAGUUUUCUGUUUAAGUUACAUUAUAGUCCAAAGGCUAUUAACAGGAAAUAAGAAUUUGUUUUAAGUUUUUCAUGUGUGCUAAAACUCAGUCUAAGGUGGGGGUUUUAAAAAAACACACGUUUAACGACAUUGUGACCCAUUGCGACGGCUUAUAGCUUUUAGCAAUAAAGAUUUCAUUCAUUCAUUGGGGCUGACUCCCUAGCAAAUGGGCUUUGUUCCAAGAAAAGCUUCAACUUGGAGGUCAAUGCUCCCCUCUUUGCCAGACUCUCUCUUCUAGGCUUGCCUUAACUGACUGACACGCGUCCUUCUGUGGCUUUGGACACUUGAGAUGUAUAUUUUUUAGGACCCACCUUCCUCCUGUGACUGCAAGGUGUUUUAAACUGUUCUUUGUGUUGCAUUUUAAUUGAUAUAACCUGCUCCCGAACCUUAGGGUGAAGGGUGGGUAAUUCAUUAAUAAUGUCAAUAAUAAUAAUAAUUAUUAAACCUUUUAGGUGAAAAACAAGAAGCUGGUUGAGUUGCUGCGGAGGAAAGUCAGCCUUGCCCAACCGUACGCUGGUGUCUUCCUCAAAAAGGACGACAGGUGAGCCCAGAGCUUUCACCCCAGUCAUUCCUGGGGUCCCACGCGAGAAACGCCACCCAUAUAUUGUGCUCCAAAGGCCAAGUGCAGUUUUAAAUCUCUCCCCCCGCAUUGAAUGUCCCGCCUUUCUUCAGUUAAGGGGGUGGGGUCUGCAGCUCAGGAGCGGAUCACUUGCUUUGCAUGCAGAAGGUCCUGAAACCAUGGAGAGCCACUGUCCCCCCCCCAAAUAAAAUAAAUCUCUCUCUGCCUGCCAUUCUGAACACCUGCUGUGAUCUCCAGCAACGAGUCGGACGUGGUGGAGAACCUGGACGAGAUCUACCAGAUGGGAACCUUUGUGCAGAUUCACGAGAUGCAGGACCUGGGAGACCGGCUGAGGAUGAUCGUCAUGGGGCACCGGAGGUAAACCCCCCCCGACCCCCCCCCUUCUGCUUCCUCACUGGCCUCCCCGCCGGCGAAGGGGAGGGUCGUGGAAGGAAGCAGCAAAUGAGAAAGAUGAAGAGUGGAUGACGAGUGCUUGCGACUGGGGAGGGAUAGCUUUGCUCCAUUCUGCCCUCUCUCCUCCCCCUCCUCCUCCUGUUCUUCUCCUUCUUCUUCUUCUCUGGCUGAUCGGAAGCCGUGUCUUGGUUUCUGAACGUUUUGGAAGUUGAACAGAGUUCCGGAAAGGAUUCCGUUCGACUUCUGAGGUACGACUGUAGAAAUUUACAGUCAUACCUCGGGUUAAAUGUGCUUCAUGUUGAGCGUUUUCAAGUUACGCUCCGUGGCGACCCGGAAGUAACGGAGCGCGUUACUUCCGGAUUUCACCACCUGCACAUGGGCAGAUGCUCAAAAUGACGUCAUGCGCAGAAGUGGCAAAACGCGACACGUUCAGUCAUGUCUUACGUUCUACUCAGGAUGCAAACUGCUCCGGGACGGAUCCCGUUCGCAUCCAGAGGUACCACUGUAUUUCCUUGAAAUCUGCUGGGAGGGUGUUCCACAAGGCGGGCGCCACCACCGAGAAGGCCCUCUGCCUGGUUCCCUGUAAGCUCAUUUCUUGCAAGGCGAGAACCGCCAGAAGGCCCUCGGAGCUGGACCUCUGUGUCCGGGCAGAACGAUGGGGGUGGAGACGCUCCUUCAGGCAUACAGGGCUUUAAAAAUCAGCACUAACACUUUGACUUGUGCUCAGACACGUGCCUGGAGACUGUGUGUGUGUGUGUGUAUAUAUGUGAGAGAGAGAAUGGGGAUCCCUUUACUGACCCCAUCUCCCCCCUCUGGGCCUGCAGGAUCCGGAUCAACAAGCAGCUGGAGGUGGACCCCGAAGAGGCGGCCGAGGAGAGCAAGCCGAAGACCCGCCGGAAGCAGAAGCGGUCGAAGAGGGAGGCAGGCGAGGCGGCGGAGGCCGUGGGGGACGUGGUUCUGGAGCCCCUGGAAGCCUCCCCGGGGGAGGUGCUGAUGGUGGAAGUGGACAACGUGGCCCACGAGGAGUUCCAGGUCACGGAAGAGGUCAAGGUGAGUGAGAGUCGCCCACCAGGAGUUGGCAAGGCGGCAAAGGUCACGCUGCCCUUCCUGGGCGGGCGUUGUCUGGUGAGUGGAAACGGAGGUUCGUUCUUCAGGGGUGUCCCUCUCCCUUUCCACCCUCCAACCGCCCCUCUCGCUGUCUUCCUUCGCAGGCCCUGACGGCCGAAAUCGUCAAGACCAUCCGGGACAUCAUCGCGCUGAACCCGCUGUACAGGUGGGUUCGGAGAAGGCUUUCGCGACGCCCUCUUUGCCCCCCUGGCCCUGCCUCCCCCUGGCACAUGCCCCCCUCCCAGGAAGUGGCCGUACAGGCCCUUCACAUGACCCCCCUUGAGGAGCUGCCUUGGAAAGCCGACCACAAACUGAAUAGCAAACUUCUCCCAGUCUUAUUCUCCCUUGGGACCAUUUUUAUAUGUCGAACAGUCUGUAAAGGUUCAGAUUCCUAAAGAUAUAUUAUUAAUUUUUUGCAUUUUUCAUCCUGGAACCAUCUUACUUCUUUCAGAACUGUGUAUUUUUUUUACCAUUGCCACACGCCCUGGGGCAGAGGGUGGGUGAGGGAUUUAGGAACGGAACGAAUGAGUGUUGGUUUCGUAUAUGGAGUUCACAACCUAUUGGGAGUUUUGUUAGGCAAACCAAACUUCUCUGUCCUUGGGUCCAGUGCACUUCCAAUUACCCUCCUCCGCCUUAGCAGGGCGAAAUGCAAACUGAAUUCGUUCCGGAAGUCUGUUCCAAAACCAAAGUCAUAUUUGGAGCUUUACUUUUUGCGCUUUUAUUUGUGUGACUUUUUGAGGGGGUUUUUUUUACUAUGACUGACUUGCGACUUCGUUUCUGUGACUGUGUGGAACCCAGUUCAGCUACUAAUUGAUUGAUUGUAGGAAAUGGAUAAAAGCCCCCCAUCCGAACAAUGACCGUCGUCAGUCUGUGUCAGAAUUUUUUAUUUUUUUUCAUUUCUAUCAUCUACAAUGCUGCCUUAUUUAUUUUAUAGCACAGUACAUUGAUUCUUGCUUUCGUUUUAUGGAUCAAUGGUCUCGUUAGAUAGUAAAAUUCGUGUUCAAUUGCUGUCUUAGGGCUUGUUUUUAAAAGUCUGGAAUGGAUUAAUCCAUUUUGCAUUCCUUUCUAUGGGAAAGCGCUCCUUGGUUUUGGAACAGACUUCCGGAACGUUUGAGAACCAUGGUACCACUGUAAAGUUAUUUUAAACAUUUUUUUCCCAAUUCAUUAUAUAUCAUUUCCCGGAAUUCCUUUAUCAUUUUGCAAUUCCACCAUAUACGACAAAAGUUUCCCUCAUACGAAACAUCUCAGUCGAGCCCAGAAGCUGCCCAUGCGCGGAAAGAAACCAGUCUUUUUUCUGGGAACGAAGGGCUCUUGCGGGAAAGAGGCAGCCCUGCUCUUCUGACUUGCGGUUUUGUCCGUCCUCGCAGGGAGUCCGUGCUUCAGAUGAUGCAGGCGGGGCAGAGGGUGGUCGACAACCCCAUCUACCUGAGCGACAUGGGGGCCGCUCUGACGGGGGCCGAGUCCCACGAGCUGCAGGACAUCCUGGAAGAGACAAACGUAAGUGGGGAGGCGCAAUGUCCCAUCGCCACUGUGAAAGUCUGGAUUCUCUGCGGUGGUGGGCUGUUGGGUGAGCGAUUUUCAGCAUCCCACCCCCCAAAAAAGCUGAACAACUCUUGCCACUCCUCCCAACAGAAGCUUAAAAAUUCUGGGCAGUGCUCCCCCCCCCUAAAAAAAAGCACGACAACUCUAGGCAAGGACAAUGGGUGGAUCGCUGCCAGUUUUAUUGUCCUGGGAGUCGAUCGCAGUCUCUAGAGAGCUGGAUGUGCCUUCUCUAGAUGAACCUGCCAGGUGCUGAGGCCCUCGGCUGAGCACCUUUCGUCGGUAAUUUCCAAGGCCACACGAUGACCAAGUACAACAAUGCAAUAUCAAUAUAAACUCUUUAUAUAAUCUAUACGGAACACUGAGCAAUAUGAAAAACCAAAUAAGCAGAAUCUCAUAAAUCCCUGAAAGUAAGUCUUAUCAGUCUCUGAAAGUCUUUGUAGACUGUGCAAGUCUCCGAAAGAAGCAGUGGGUCAGAUUCUUAUCUGGUGAAAACAAGCUGUAAAGCUUUGUUUUAUGACGUCCGUCGCUGCCAAAGUGGUCUGCAAACAGACGUAGUGAACAGUGAUUCCGGAUAUACCCACUGUUUUGUGGAAUUCUUCUUCAGCACAGCAGAAGGAUACAGACAUGCUUCAUAAACUGCAAAUGAAUUAUUGAAACAAUGACCUGCAUGUACUAUAUUGACUUUUAUUAUUCACGGUAUUGUGGGUGAAUCAGAAAGCCAUAAGUAUUAGACAAGAUUAUGGAAGACGCUUACGACAGCAAGAAUCUCUGUUUAUCUUUAUGUUCAAAACCGUUCACCGGGAGGACUUAAUUCUGAAUUGGAUCUCAUUAGUUUUAUUUGAUUCUUUACAUUCUGGCUGUUAAACUGUGCUGUAUCUUUAAGCUCAAUCUCCUGGUGAUGAGCCCCACCUGGGGUCGGCUUUUUAGGUUUCUGGCAACAUGCAGUCAGUAGCAGUCGUUACAGAACUUUAUGACCACUGCUCCGUAGAUAUUGUUGUUUUAUAAUUCCAUUCACCAUGUAGAUGGGGUAUGUACUUUUGGUUUUAUUUAUAUUGAUAUUAUAGAUUAUAUAAAGAGUUGUACUUGGUCAUCGUGUUGCCUUGGAAAUUCCUGAUAAUUGUUUGCAACACAGGGGUUUAGUUGUUUGGUUACUUAUUGUCGCACCUUUCCUCGGUGGCAGCCACAUCGGGGGAUUUUGGGGGGGGGGUGUUGCUAAAAACCGCUUCGGUACUCCCCCCCCCCUUUAAUAUUUUUCCAGGCGGGAAAUAUUUCCAGGCAGGUCUUUGGAAACUUCGGUGCAGGCGAUGCUGGCCACUUGGGCUGCUGUUUUAAUUCCUGGCUCCAGAUGCGCAGCACUAUCGUUUUGCAAAGAUAAUUAAUUUCAUAUAAAGCAGAGGACUGCUAUAACAAGGAUCCGGAUGGGCUUGUGAUUCACUCCAGCUAUUGGUUUUUUAACUUAUAACGACUUCAUUUUAUAAUGAUGUGUUUAAUAUGUUGGGUGUCUCCUUGAACCUUGGGAGAAAGGCGGGCUAGAAAUAUACGGAUCAAGAAUUCUUGGACGUGACUCGCCCUCCCCUGAACCCCAAGGCUCUCUGGUCCCCCGAAAAGACACACAUGGGGAUUUCUUUCCUUUCCUCCUAGAUUCCCAAGCGCCUCUACAAAGCCCUCUCUCUGCUGAAGAAAGAGUAUGAACUCAGCAAACUCCAGCAACGCCUUGGGCGGGAGGUGAGCAGAAGGUCUCCUGGGAGGUAUUUGGGGGCAGAACGAGGCAAUAAUGAUAAUGAUGGUGAUGAUGAUAUAAUAAUAAUAAUAAUUUAUUAUUUCUACCCUGCCCAUCUGGCUGGGUUUCCCCAGCCACUCUGGGCAGCUCCCAACAAUAGAUUAAAAAUACAUUAAAACAUCAGUCAUUAAAAAUGUCCCUAAACAGGGCUGUCUUCAGAUGUCUUCUAAAAAUCAGAUAGUUGUUUAUCUCCUUGAUAUCUGACGGGAGGGCGCUCCACAGGGCGGGCGCCACCACCAAGAAGGCCCUCUGCUUGCUCCCCUGUAACCUCGCUUCUUGCAGGGUGGGAACCCCCAGAAGGCCCUUGGGAGGAGGACCCCGGUGUCCGGGGUGGAGACGCUCCUUCAGGUCUACUGGGCCAUUUAGGGCUUUCAGGGUCAGCACCAGCACUUUGAAUUGUGCUCGGAAACGUACUGGGAACCAGUGUAGGUCUUUCGGGACUAGUGUUAUAUGGUCUCCACUCCCUGUCCGGCUGCCGCAUUCUGGAUUAGUUGCAGUUUCCGGGUCACCUUCAAAGGCGCAUGGCAGUAGUCCAAGUGGGAGAUAGCCAGAGCAUGCCCCACUCUGGCCAGACAGUCUGCAGGCAGGGAGGGUCUCAUCCUGCGUACAGGACACAGAACUGACCUGCGCCUCCAUGGACAGCGGUGAGUCCAAAAUGCCCCCCAGGCUGCGCACCUGGUCCUUCGGGGGCCCAGUUUUCCCAUUCAGGACAGGGUGGCCUUCUCCCACCCACGCCCCUCCGCCGUCUCCCCUGGCAGGUGGAGGAGAAGAUCAAGCAGACGCACCGCAAGUACCUCUUGCACGAGCAGCUGAAGAUCAUCAAGAAGGAGCUGGGCUUGGAGAAGGAGGACAAGGACGCCAUCGAGGAGAAGUUCCGGGAGCGGCUGAAGGACCUGGUGGUCCCCCAGCACGUCAUGGAGGUCAUCGACGAGGAGCUGAACAAGCUGGGGCUGCUGGACAACCACUCGUCCGAGUUCAACGUGACGCGGAACUACCUGGACUGGCUGACCUCCAUCCCCUGGGGAAAAUGCAGCGAGGAGAAUCUGGAGCUGGCCAGGGCCCAGGCCGUCCUGGAAGAGGACCACUACGGCAUGGAGGACGUCAAGAAGAGGGUUCUGGUAAGGACACGCUGCGCCUCCGAGGCGGGGGGGAAACGCAGGCCCUGUUUUCCCCAAGCGCUGAACCAUGGUUAGGUAUGAACCGUGGUUUGCUCCCUUUCUUUCUUUUUUAAGAGCAACGGACGGAAGAUAGGUACCGUAUUUUUCGCUCUAUAAGACGCACCAGACCACAAGACGCACCUAGUUUUUAGAGGAGGAAAACAAGAAAAAAACUAUUUUGAAUCUCAGAAGCCACAACAACAAGAGGGAUCACCGCGCAGUGAAAGCAGCAAUCCCUCUUGCUGUUCUGGCGUCUGGGAUAGCUGCGCAGCCUGCAUUCACUCCAUAAAACGCACACACAUUUCCCCUUACUUUUUAGGAGGGAAAAAGUGAGCCUUAUAGAGCAAAAAAUACGGUAUUUUCUUUUAUUCUUAUUUAUUGAAUUCAUAUACCGCCCUCUAAACCGCGGUUAGGUAUGAACCAUGGUUUGCUCCCUUUCUUUCUUCUAAGAGCAACAGACAGAAGGCAUGUACAAACUCACAACUCGUGAACAAAUGGGUAUAUUAUCGUAUUAUUAUUGUUAAAUGAAAUUAUAUGGUACCCUAUACCCAGAGGUCUCAGGGCGGCUCACAGAACAAGCAGAACGUAGACGAACUUUUAAUGAUAUUUGGAAUUCGUUUUUAAAAGCACUUGUUUUAGGUUAAAUAUAGGGCAACUACAAUAGCAAUCUCGUAAUAAGUUCUGGGUUUUUUAAAUUGUAUUGUAUAUGGGUGCUAUUCCCCGCCCCCCCUUUUCCACAUCUUAUUUUACCCUGUGCAGUUACAAUUAUAUAUACACACACAUAUACAUAUUUAUAUGUUUUUAUUUUCCAUUAAAGCAUGUUAAUAAUUGAAAACUAAUAAGUAUAUAACAGCAACAGGAAAUAAACUUGUUUUCUUCUCUGUCUUUCUGACCCGUCUCUGUCCCCCCCCCCCCCGCUGCCCAGGAAUUCAUUGCGGUCAGCCAGCUGCGGGGCUCCACUCAGGGCAAGAUCCUCUGCUUCUUUGGCCCCCCCGGCGUGGGCAAGACCAGCAUCGCCCGCUCCAUCGCCCGGGCCUUGAACCGCGAGUAUUUCCGCUUCAGCGUUGGAGGGAUGACGGACGUGGCCGAGAUCAAGGGCCACAGGUGGGGGGGCUGUCGGCCGCAGCCGCUUUAGUUGGGGGGUGGACUGGAUGAUGCCCUGGGGCUCCCUGGUUCCAACUCUGCGGUCCUGUGCUUCUCGCGCAGGCGGACGUACGUGGGGGCCAUGCCAGGAAAGAUCAUCCAGUGCCUGAAGAAGACCAAGACGGAGAACCCCCUCAUUCUGAUCGACGAGGUAAGGGGGUCUUGCUCAUUGAUUGACUGAUUGAUUUGUCGGGAGGUUUUUAAUGAAUGAUUGUUUUCGUGUAAUUUUGAUUGUUGGUUGGAAGCUGCCCAGAGUGGCUGGGGAAACCCAGACAGAUGGGCGGGGUAUAAAUAAUAAAUUAUUGUUAUUAUUUGUAUGCCACCCCCAUCGUUCAGCCCGGACACCGGGGUCCCUCUCCCGAGGGCCUCCUGGCAGUUCCCUCCCUGUGAGAAGCGAGUUACAGGGAACCAGGCAGAGGGCCUUCUUGGUGGUGGCGCCUGCCUUGUGGAACACCCUCCCAUCAGAUGUCAAGGAAAUAACUCUUUGACUUUUAGAAGACAUCUGAAGGCAGCCCUGUUUAGGGAAGUUUUUAAUGUUUGAAGUUUUAUUCUGCUUUUAAUAUUCUAUUGGGAGCCACCAAUAGAAUGGGGAAUAGAUGAGGAAACCCAUCCAGAGGGGCAGGGUAUAAAUUAGGAAUGAUCAUUAUUCUCUCCUCCCGGCUCUUACUGAUUGAUUGAUCGACUGAUUGAUUGAUUUGUAUUCCGCCCUACAUCUGAGGGCAGCUCACAACAUAACAUAACCCAAGUUACGUAAUGGAAACAGGAACAGCAACCCCCCCUCAAAAAAAUAUAACCCCCCUCCCCACCAACGCAUUUUAAAGGGUAUAUAUAGGAUGUUAGUCAGCUCUAGGCCUGGUUGAAGAGGAACAGUUUGCGUGGUGUAAUGAAGGCACCAGGCGAGCCUCCCUGGGGAGAGCGUUCCACAAACGCGGAGCCGCCACAGAAAAGGCCCCGCUCUUGCGUCAGCGCCCUGGGGGGCCCGCUCCUCCCUGGCGCUGACGCGGCUCCUAUGCCGCAGGUGGACAAGAUUGGCAGGGGCUACCAAGGGGACCCUUCCUCCGCCCUCCUUGAGCUGCUGGACCCCGAGCAGAACGCCAACUUCCUGGACCACUACCUGGACGUCCCGGUCGACCUCUCCAAGGUGCGUUCCCUCCCUCCCCUCUCUCUCUCUCACGCGGCUGGGCUCCCUGGACCCUUGGCGGGGGGGGGUGUUUGGCUGGGCCCCCCAGCAGGACCAGUGGUUAGCGGGGAGGGAGCCUGGGUCCAGAAACUCCUUGGGGGUUACUGAUUCGCCAUCACGAGGCUGGAGGACAUCUGUGGUGAGGGGAGUUGGGAUGGACUGAUCAUCUCUCUGUAUGCUGCUUUUUGUCUUUUUAAAAUGUUUUACCCAAUUUCCAGAAAUUCCACUACAUAUUUUUUUAAAAAAAUCCUUUAAUUUACCGAUUUCCCACCUUUUCCCCCGCGACGUUUUUCUUAACUCUCCCCGCAUUUGUUGCAGCCCCUCUUCCCUCUUUUUACGUCAAAAUCGUAACACCACCGUCUCUAAAUCUUCCUGUUCCAGUCCUGCUCACAGAUGCUUCAUGUUGUAUUUCUUCAAAUAAUCUGAAUAAUUUUUUCCCAAAAAAAGAGAGAGAAAAUCGUCAUUUGAUUUUCUUAUUUUGGCUGUCAGAGUUGACAUAGUCUGUAACUUUGGUUCUCCAUUCUUCUCUGGUUGGAACUUUUUUGUUUUUCCAUUUCUGGAAUACACACAUAAGCAACUUAACUACAUAUAUGUCCCUGUAAUCCCUAGCAGAAAAGUUGUUUUUUGGUGGGCUAACCUUUUUCUAAUCUGUUCCUAUAUCGUUUCCGUAAACACCCUUCCUUUUUACACAACUCCUGUCUCUGCCCCUUUUCCUGCACUUGAAUCGCAAAGCGGCCAGGACUGAGCGCCAUUCUCUGUGCCCGCAAGGCCAGCGUGGCUCUGGUCUGGCUUUGUGGGUCUGCCCAGGCCCAACCGCGCUCUCCGCCUCGUGUGCCCCCCCCAGGUGCUCUUCAUUUGCACGGCCAACGUGACAGAGACGAUCCCGGAGCCCCUGCGGGACAGGAUGGAGAUGAUCAACAUCUCGGGCUACGUGGCGCAGGAGAAGCUGGCCAUCGCGGAGGUGAGCCUUGGGCCUGGCAGCCCCCUAGCGCCCCCAUGGGGCUCCGUCUGCACCUCUCAAACCCCCAAAGCCCCGGCCAUGCGGGAUUCGAACCCUGGUCUCGCAGGGCCUCGUCUUGAAUUUGCUUAAAACGAAUGAGCUUGGCUCUUGCGGAAAGGUGGUUUCGUCUGUGAUGGGUUUAGGAAGAACAAGGAGUGAAAUGCCCUUUUUUUAAAGAGCAACAGACAGAAGAUAGGUUUUUUUUUAUUAAAAUGAAUGAGCCCGGCUCUUGCAGAAAGGCUGUUUUGUCUGCAAUGGGUUUAGGGAGUGAAAUCGCUUUUUUAGCGGGUGCCAGGCUCAAGUCCGCCUCUGGGUUUAGCUUUUUGCGAGACCCACAAAAGAGGGCGGGAGGUGAGCUGCUCCUAAGAAUUGGGCUUCUAUAGAGAAUUGGAAGGGACCCCCAGGGCCCAUCUAGUCUAACCCCUGCAAUGUAGGAAUCUUCUGGGGGGGGGGAGACAGCCCUAAAGUCUAGCCAUUCAGCACAACUCACUCUGGGAUGGAGGAAAAAUGAGGUUUCAUUGAGGACCAGAUCCCCCAGGCGCUGUUUAUAUGAUUGGGCGUUCCUUUAUGACAUAGACCAUACUUUUCUGUGUAGAAGCCGAGUUAUUUUUCUGAUAAAUCAAUAUCAAAAAUUUGUGGCUGUCUUAUACAUCGGUAGUGCAGAGGGGGGGCGGGGGAUUUCCUGCUUCUGUGAGUGGGAGAUUGGCAGCGGCAAGUGACCAUUGGCUUAUGCAGUGUUGGGCAGUUGGGUGAGCAAUUUUCUGCCUCCCCCCAAAAAAAAGCUCCCAAACUGUGGGCAAUCUCACCCCCAAUUUUCUAAAUUGAGUCCCCCAAAAUAGGGGUCAUCUUAUACACAGGGGCAUGUUAUACACGAAAAAUACGGUGUGUUAUAUAGGGUUUUGUGUCAUUUGUGGGGGGCUUGACCCCAUCUCUCUUUCCCUCCCCCAGAGGUACCUGGUCCCCCAGGCCAGGGUCCUGUGCGGUCUGGAUGAGGCCAAGACCAGCAUUACGCCGGACGUCCUGACCGUCCUCAUUAAGCAGUACUGUCGGGAGAGCGGGGUGAGGAACUUGCAGAAGCAAGUGGAGAAGGUGAGAGAGGAUCCCCCCUUUGGCUGGUGGGGAAGGGGGGAGAACUGAGGCAUCGUGUCGCCCCCCAAAACAAGGGCUCCAACCCCCAUCCCAUUUGCUCGCUCAGGUGCUGCGGAAAUCGGCGUACAAGAUUGUCAGCGGGGAGGCGGAGAAGGUGGAGGUGACGCCAGAAAAUCUCCAGGAUUUUGUCGGGAAGCCCAUCUUCACGGUGGACCGGAUGUACGACGUGACCCCCCCUGGGGUGGUGAUGGGGCUGGCCUGGACCGCCAUGGGUGAGACUCGGAAACGCCUUUUCUCUCUUCCCUCUUUGGAUACAUGUUUUUAUUAGUUUUCACUUACAAUAAUCCAAUUAUAGCCUCAUCAUAUCAAUGUCAAUAUUAAAAUAUAAUUCCCACUACAGUGGUACCAUGGUUCUCAAACGCUGAAAACCAGGAAGUUUGUUCCAAAACCAAGGCACGCUUUCCCAUAGAAAGGAACGCAAAACGGAUUACUCCAUUCCAUACUUUUGAGAACAGCCCCUAAGACGGCAAUGGAACAUGGAUUUUGCUAUCUGAGACCAUUGAGCCAUAAAAUGAAAGCAAGAAUCAAUGUACUGUACUAUAAAAUAAAUAAGACAGUAUUGUAGAUGAUAAAAUGAAGAUUAAACUUUUUUCUUAGCUGCACUGAUGACAGUCUUUGUUUGGAUGGGGGGCUUUUAUCCAUUUCCGCAGUUGCACAAUCAAUCAAUCAGUAUCUAAACUGGGUUCCACACAGUCACGAAAACAAAUUACCGUAUUUUUCGCCCUAUAGGACGCACUUUUUCCCCUCCAAAAAUGAAGGGGAAAUGUGUGUGCGUCCUAUGGGGCGAAUGCAGGCUUCAGGAAGCUCUGCGCAACCCUUGGGAGCCCGCAGAAGUUCCCCCGGGCUCCCACGUCUUGGGCAGAGCUGCCUGCACCCCGAAGCCCCGGCGCGUUGAGCAGUCGCACCGGGGCUUCGGGUAGCUCUGCGCAAGCCGCGGGAGGGCUCCCACGGCUUGCGGAGAGCAGCCUGUUCUGGGGGCUGGGGUCGGGGGAAGCUUGGGCUUGCCUCGCACCUUGGGGGGAAAAUAAAUUUUUUUUCUUUAUUUCCCCUCCAAAAAACUAGGUGCGCCUUAUGGGCCGGUGCGCCCUAUGGGGCGAAAAAUACGGUAACUGGAAAUGCCUCAAAAACAAAAAAGCAAAAUAAAGAGCAAAAACCAAAGUGCCAAACUCAUGGGUAGGCAAACUAAGGCCCAGGGGCUGGAUGCGGCCCAAUCGCCUUCUCAAUCUGGCCCAUGGGCGGUCCAGGAAUCAGCGUGUUUUUACAUGAUUAGAAUGUGUCGUUUUAUUUAAAACGCAUCUCUGAGUUAUUUGUGGGGCAUAGGAAUUCGUUCAUAUUUUUUCCCCAAAAUAUGUCCGGCCCCUCACAAGGUCUGAGGGACAGUGGACUGGCCCCCUGUUGAAAAAGUCUGCUGACCCCUGGCCAAACUUAAUCCAUUCCGAAAAUCUGUUUGACUUCCGAAAUGUUCAGAAACCGAGGCGUGGAUUCUGAUUGCUGCAGGCGCCCCAGAAAUAAUAGUCGACAGCCGGAAAACGGAAGUCUUACUUCCGGAUUUUCGUGUUUGAGAACCAAGGUCCCACUGUAUUCAUAAAAGAGGUGGCGUUAUAUGUGGGGCGCUGGAGGUUUCGAGGUGUGACUGGCCCCUCUGGUUGGGUCCCCAGCUCUUACUUCUGUGUCCCACUGAACGUCUUGUUCCCUUUUCCCUCCCAGGCGGCUCCACCUUGUUUGUCGAGACCUCCCUCCGCCGCCCCAAGGACCGAGAGAGCAAGGAGGGCUCCCUGGAGGUGACAGGGCAGCUGGGCGACGUCAUGAAGGAGAGCGCCAAGAUCGCCUACACCUUCGCCCGGGCCUUCCUGAUGGAGAGGGAUCCUGGCAACGACUUCCUGGUGACAUCUCACCUCCACCUGCACGUCCCGGAGGUAGGAACGAGGCAGGAUGGGGUGCUGUUCAGGGUUCCCUCUUCCUCCUUCUCCCACCCCAAACAAACAGGCGUUAAGCUUUCUAGUCCUCACAAAGCACUUUUUGCUGGUGGCACCAAGGUUGUUGUUUUUUUUGCUCUCUCAAGCUUUUGAGUCAGGAAAUUAAUAAAAAUAAUUUAUUAUUUAUACCCCACCCAUCUGCCUGGGUUUCCCCAGCCACUCUGGGCGGCUUCCAACAAGAGAUUUAAAAUACAAUAAAACAUCAGUCAUUAAAAACUUCCCUAAACAGGGAAUCUGCCUCCGGAUGUCUUCUAAAAGUCAGAUAGUUGUUUAUUUCCUUGACAUCUGAUGGGAGGGUGUCAUCACCGAGAAUACCCUCUGCCUGGUUCCCUGUAGGGAGGGAACUGCCAGAAGACCCUCAGAGCUGGACUUUAGUGUCCGGGGUGGAGACGCUCCUUUAGGUCUACUGGGCCAUUUAGGGCUUUCAAGGUCAGCACCAAGACUUUGAAUUGUGCCUGGAAACGUCCUGGGAGCCAAUGCAGGUCUUUCAAGACCGGUGUUAUAUGGUCUCCACUCCCAGUCCCCAGUCUGCCUGCUGCAUUCUGGAUUAGUUGCCAUUUCUGGGUCACCUUCCAAGGGAGCCCCAAGUAGAGCGCAUGGCAGUAGUCCAAGCGGGAGAGAACCAGAGCAGGCACCACUCUGAGUUUGAAGGCGGCAAGAUUCCCCCACCCUCUCUGUUGUUCUUAGUACUGGGUGGGAGUUCCUGGUCUCUGAUCUGCGCAGACUAAGCCUUGCCUCUCCCUCUCUCGGUGUGUAGGGAGCCACCCCAAAGGACGGGCCCAGCGCCGGCUGCACGAUCGUGACGGCCUUGCUGUCCCUGGCGAUGGGGCAGCCCGCCAGGCAGAACGUGGCCAUGACCGGGGAGGUGUCUCUGACAGGCAAGAUCCUUCCCGUCGGAGGAAUCAAGGAGAAGACCAUUGCGGUAAGUCGGGGAGCAGAACUGCAGCACCUCUUCCAGGCAGGGAUUGGGGAUUGAUCCUGCUCACCAACUCUGCCAACCGUUCUCCAUUCUGCGUACCUGUAGCAUUUCUCUAUUAGGCUACCAUUUCUUAUCCCAAAGAAUGGUAGCGUUGGGAAGAGACCCCAAGGCUCAUCCAGCCCAACCCCCUGCAAUGCAGGAAUCUUUUUGCCCAACACGGGGCUCGAACCCACAGCCCCGAGAUUAAGAGUCUCAAGCUCCAUACCAAAUGAGCUGUCCCGGGACAGGAGCCAACCAAACCUCCGAUGCCCUUUUAAAAUGUGUUUUUUUUCGGGGGGGUUGCUAUUGGGUUGUUUUUUUAUUAGGUAUUUUGUGGUUUCAUAUCUUGAUUUUAUUCGGUGAACUGCCCUGAGACUCCCAGGUAUAGGGCAGUAAAGGUAAAGGGACCCCUGACCAUUAGGUCCAGUAAAUUCAAUAAAUGAUAAGUUGGUUCCUGCCCUGCCCCAUUUUGGAGAUUAAAAUGUGUCUCUUAAGCUGGUUUUUAGCUUGUCGUCGAUUUUGAUUACUUUUCAGCGUGUUUAAAGUACAGUGAUACCUUGGUUUAAGAACUUAAUCUGUUCUGGAAUUCUGGUGUUAAACCAAAACUGUUCUUCAACCAAGGCGUGCUUUCCCAUAGCAGUGGUGGGCUCAAUUUACACUCAACAGGAAGCGGAACAUGUUCUGCUUCCAAGGCAAAGUUCACAAACCAAAACACCUACUUCUGGGUUUGCAGCUUUCUUAAUCCAAAUUGUUCAUAAACUAAGCUGUUCUUAAACCAAUGUACCACUGUAGUUAACUUUCUUUUGCAAACCACUCUGAGGUUUUGGGUCAUUGCCGUUUCCUACAACUAAGCAGUGUAAUUUUUUUUGCGAAAUAGUGGAGAGCUCAAUCCACGUUAACCCUGCCUUUCUCAACCCCUUCCUAGGCCAAGCGAGCCGGGGUCUCCUGCCUGAUCCUGCCUCUGGAGAACAAGAAGGACUACUGCGACCUUGCGGACUUCAUCACGGAAGGACUGGAAGUGCAUUUUGUCGAGCACUACAAGGAGAUCUUUGACAUUGUUUUCCCAAAGCGCGAUGCCCAGGGAGGAGACUGAGCGCCUGGGCUCUCGCUGCCUUUGUUCCUCCUCACGCCGCUGUGUCUGAGCUCCGGCCCCGGGUCAAAGAGAUGGACUCAGCAGAGUGGGCCCCCCUCCAAUUAUGCCUCCGUUGCCACGAGAUGUGCUGCACACCAAAUGAUGUGAAUUAUGAACCAUUAAAAAAGCCUUUGAGUGAAAUUUCCAACGCAAAGGGAAGUCCUGUGGAAUGUGUUGAAACGGCAAAGGGCGGCAGACGCAAGAGUUGCGCAUCGCACGAAGACAGCCGCUAGAGAGAAGUUUGCAGGGUAAGGCUAUGCAGCGGAACCUCGGUUGUCAAACGUGUUCUGGAAGACUGUCUGGCAACCAAAAAUUGGCGUCAACCGAGGUGGCAUUGCCAGUUGGCAAAAUCCAUUGGAACAAUGCGCCUCAGAAGCAGUCUGACUUCCAAAAGUGAUUUGAAAACAGAACCAACUUGUUCAGCUUCCAAAGCGUUGCGACAACAGAGGUUCCACCUUUCUCCCCCUCAGCUUACCGUAUUUUUCGCUCCGUG